AUGAUAUCAUCUGAUUAUCAGGAUGCUUUACGUGGACGAUAUCAACAAUUACCAGAUGUUCGCUCGAAAGUUGUUCGUAUUUUUCUCAGUUCAACAUUUUCAGACACAAUGGUCGAGCGAGAUUCAUUGAUUGAAAAUGUUUUUCCAAAAUUGAAAAGUUAUUGUCGUGAAAAAUAUGGUCUUGAAUUUCAAUAUGCUGAUAUGCGAUGGGGAAUUCCAACAGAAUCAAAUAAUAAUCACAGUGAAACCGAAACAUGCCUCAAAGAAAUUGAAUUAUGUCAAAAAUAUUCUGUCGCUACUAAUUUUGUGGUUUUAUUAGGUCAUCGUUAUGGUUCUAGACCAACACCAGCUACUAUUCGUGCAUCACUUUUUGAACAAUUGUAUAGUAUUAUCUGUUCAGAUAUCAAUGAUAAAGAUGAUGCUCAAUUACUUUCUCAAUGGUAUCAACUCGAUACGAAUCGAAUACCUGCUGUUUAUAUACUUCGUCCGAUUUCAUCAAUCUUACCUAAUAUUUUAUCUCCGGAUACAAAUGAAGUAAAACAAGCAGAAAAAGAAUGGAAAAAAAUAAAUACUCGUAUUCGAACACGAUUACGACAAGCAGCAACAAAAUGUUUAGAACAACAACAAAUUCAAGAGAAUGAAUAUGAUGAUUUUUUUAUAUCAGUAACAGAAAAAGAAAUUAUAAACGGUAUUCUAUCGGUACCAAAUGCAAACGAACGUACAUUAUGUUUUUUACGUGAAUUUGAAGACAUUCAUGAACAUUUAUCAGAUAAUAAAGCAUCAAAAUAUAUUGAUUUACAAUAUUUAGAUGAUGGUACACCAAUAGUAGAUGAUGAAGUUGAGAAAUUACUUAAUCGUUUAAAAUAUACCCGAAUUCCAAAUGUAUUACAAUCAGAAAAUAUUUAUAAAUAUAAAAUUCAUUGGACAUCAAAAGGUAUCAAUCGAGAUGAUCAUAUUCACCAUAUAGAACGAUUUAAUAAUGAUUUUUAUAAUGCAAUACAACAACAAAUUGAUCAAUGUGUUCAAUCUCGUGUUAUGCCAGUUUCAGAUCCAUUACAUCAUGAAGUUUUAGAACAUGCAAUACAAUGUAAAACAUACGUAGCUAAAUUUCAUGGUCGAACAGAUAUUUUAAAUAGUUUGAAAGAAUAUAUUAACAAUGAUAAUGAGAAUCGUCCGUGUAUUGUAUAUGGAACUUCAGGUUGUGGAAAAACGAGUUUAUUAGCUAAAGCUGCAACAGAAAUAUCAAAUUGGUGGCCCAAUCGAUCUAUCUCAAUUAUUUUACGAUUUCUUGGAACGACUUCAUCUUCGUCUACAAUGUCGAAAAGUCUGCUAUCAAUAUCAGAACAAAUUUGUCGAUUAUAUAACAUAUCAAUGGAAAAUCAUUCUAAUGCAUCACAAUUACGAUAUCAAUUAGAAAAAGAUAUAUUUCCAAAAAUUCCUCCUAAUGAAUAUAUUGUAGUAUUAUUUGAUUCAAUUGAUCAACUUUCAGCAGAUGCUUAUGAUUGUAAAUGGUUACCAAUAAAUUAUCCAAAAAAUAUUAAAUGUAUCAUAUCAACAUUAUCUGAUCAUGGAAAUAUUUUAUCAAAUUUAAAAAUGAUUAUAAAUAAUAAUAAUAAUAAUUCAAAUUUAUUUUUAUUUGUAUCACCUUUUGAUGCAACAACAGUCGAAAUUGUUUAUAAUGACUGGCUUAAAAUAAAACAACGUUCAUUAAGUGAUGAACAACGUUUAUUUAUUCGUGAUUUAGUACAUAAUCGAUCGGAAAUUCUUCCUUUAUUUAUGAAACUUCUUUUUGAUAUUAUUUUAACUUGGCAUUCCUAUGAUCCUAUCGAUAAUAAUCUUAAAAAAUUAGAAACUAUCGAUGAUUGUAUUCUCUAUCUUUUUAGUCGUUUAAAAACUAUUCAUAAUAGUUUAUUAGUUUCUCGUUCAUUAUGUUAUAUGACAGCAUCGAGAAAUGGUAUUAGUCAAAAUGAACUUGAAGACGUACUUUCUUUAGAUGAUGAUGUAAUUAAAAAUGUAUUCCAACAUUAUAUACCACCUGUUAAACGUUUACCUGGUCUGUUAUGGACUAGAAUUAGAAAUGAUUUAGAUGAAUAUAUUACAGAAAAAGAAGUUGAUGAUUUAUCAGUCAUUUAUUGGUAUCAUCGUCGAUUUAUUGAAAUAGCCGAAAAAGAAUUUAUUUCAAACUUGACAAAAAUUGAACGAACAAAUAUUUUUCAAAAUAUGGUUGACUUAUAUACUGAAAAAUGGAGUGGAAAAGCGAAACCAUUCAAAAUAGAUAGUAAAAGUUUGAUUAAUAAAUAUAAUUUACAUGAAUCAAAUGGAGAAAUUCAAGCAAAUCGAUUGAUAAGUUCACAACCAAUUCAAUUCAUUGAUGGAAAUGGUCAAAUUCAAUUUAAUAAACGAAAAUUAAAUGAAUUACCAAAUUUUUUAAGUAAAUUAGCACCUGAUUCAACAAUUCCAAUUGCUGCUAAGGAAAUAUUUUUCAGUUAUUCAUUUAUGCGUAAUGGUGCUAAAAUAAUAUGUUCAUCUUUCGAUGAUAUAACAGAAGAUUUGAGAAUAAUUCAAGAAUUAUCAACAUAUGGUCUUGCAAAGGAAAUAACAGAAAUAAAAAAUGAAAUUGAUAUACAUUCAAUGGUAUAUAUGCUGACUGGAAGUUUACUUGAAAAAUAUCCUGAAAAUUAUAGUUUUGAAAUUACAUCACGUCUUCUUCGUUUAUUUGGUGUUAAAUCAUAUAUAACUCAUUUAAUCAAACAACUUGAUGAAUUUAGUAUUAAUUAUUGUUCAUUAAUCGUUCCUUAUUGCCAAAUAGAACCACCUGGUGGUGGUUUACUUCAUACAAUUCAUAGACAUACAUCAUCUAUAACAUCAUUUAAAUUUACAGAAGAUCUUUCAACAAAUAUUAGUCUAUCAGAUAAAAUUGUUGUCAUUGAUUUAGAACAUAACAAAACUGUUCUCGAUAUUAAUUUACCAAAAUUAAAUCAAUCUUAUUUAAAUUGUAUAACAUUAACAAAUCCUGAUUUUAUUACUGAAAACGAUAAAUUUAAGAAUUUAUUAUUUUUUAUAAAUUCAUCAAAUAAUAUUUAUCUUAUUUCUGCAAAUGAAGAUAUUAAAUUUAAUAAAUCAUCUCAAAUUGGAUAUGUAGGUGUUGAAGUUUUUGAUACUAAUCAUAUUCUUUGUAUUAUCGCGGAAAUUAAUGGAAAUUAUAUUGAAUGUUGGGAUAUAUUUAAAAAUGAAUUAUUUCAAAGAAUAGAAUUUCCAUCAUCAUCAUCAUCAACAAUAAAAUAUGUAUUUUGUAUUAAUGUCUAUUCAAUGAUAAUAACUGUUUUUCAUAAUGGUAAUAUUUAUUUUCAUUCUAUUAUGGAUGAUUCAAUCCAAUCAAAUUUUAUUCAUCGAGGUUCAAUAGAACUUAGUAAUCAUCUUGAUUUAGUUACGUUAGAUAAAGAAAUAUUAAUAUGUACAUUUGAUUCAUCUAUUCCGAUUGAUUUUGCUUUUAUUAAUUUAAAUCAAUUUAAAAGAAAACAAGAAUUUUUAAAUAAUAAUCAAAUAUUAAAAAUAUUAAUAAAGUUUGAUUAUCCAUUAGAAUUAAAACCAAUUAAAAAAAUUAUAUUACCAUAUAAAAACGAGAUACUUAAAAGAUGGUUACAUAUUAUUCACCUAUGUAGAAUGGAAACAAUAUCAUAUACGAGUAUUAAAGGUCAAUUUGAUACAGCAGCUAUGCAUGUAAAUAAUCUAAAUUUGAUAUAUACAGCUCGUGGAGGUAUUAUUGAAGUAUAUAUUUGGAAGUGUUUAUACAGAAGGCAUGAAAAUGAUGUUUUACAUAAAUGUCAAUUGUAUGUUUCAAUUGAUGUUAGUUCUUCUCCUAUUACGACAAUUUUCCCUGCACCAUCUUAUGGUAUACGAGUCCUAUUUUUUUGUUCGUUACAAAAUGGAACUAUUCAUCUAUAUAAUGGAAAACAUACAAGAGAUACUAUGAAAACUAUAGCACCUUUUCCACGUACAAAUGAAUCCAUACAAACUAUUCAAUUACUUAACGCAACAGCUAUUACUCUUGAUAUUUCAAAACGUGAACUUACAUCGUGGUCAUAUCAACAUUCUACAUCAAUUAAAUCUAGUCAUAUAUUUGAGAAUGAUAUAAUUAUCAAUGGUUUUGCUAUGACAUGUAGUAGUAUUAAUUCAGAAAGAAUAUUUGUACUUGUAAUAACAAGUGACAGUUAUGCUGAAAUUUAUUUAGCUAAAUCACUUGGCAAAAAUCCUUUGUUUCAUCUUGAACUUCAUUCUUCAGCUAGAGUUCAUUCAACAAAGAAUGGAAAUUUUAUUAUAUUAACAAAAAAUGGUACAAUACAUAGAAUUGUCGAACAAAUAAUAUCUAAUGAAGAAUCUAAAUUUAAUGAAAUAGAAAAUAGUCAGCUGAAUAUUCAAUGUUCAAUGAUGUUUAGUUCAAUUUUAACUAUAAAUUCAAAGGAAUAUCUUAUUGUAUUUGAUGAUAAUGGUCAAUCAAUGGCUGUUUGUUCAAUUGAACAAAUUAUUUAUAUUGAUAUUAAUUUUUCAUUAGAUUUAGUACCAUUAUCAUCUCAUUUGUUGUCUAUUAUUGGUGAUUCAUCUCAAGAUUUAGUAGCAUUACAUUUCGAUAAUAAAUCUCUUACUAUUUGUCAAGUUAAAUUAGCCGAAUCAUCAAAUAAUAAAGGUUAUCUUAACAUGAUAUCAUUUGAUAAAGUUGAUAAAUUUUGUUUAAAAAAUGAUUAUUUUGCUAAAUUUAAUAAUGUUGAUAAUGAACUUAGUUGGUAUAAUAUUAAUUUAUCAAAAUAUCAUGAAUUCAUUAAAAUGUCAAAUGAAUGUUUACAAUUAUGUAUGAAUGAAUCAAGUAGUUAUAUUUUUGUUUUGAUAAAAUCUUGUAUAUUAUUUAUGUAUCGUAUUAUUGAUAAUCAACAAUUAGCUAAAUUAUAUCUCUAUGAUAUUGCUUCAUUUAUGAUAGCAGAUAAUGAUUUUAUUGUUUUAUCAAUGAAUGAUCGACGUCUACUUACAUUAAUGAUUGCCGAUCCCCAAGAUUCAACAGUACACGCAAAAAUACACGCAUUACCUAGCAGAACUUCUGAGCAUACUACCGAAUCUGCAACUACAAACCUUAUUAAAAAUUUAAACAAACGUCUCAAUCCGGACAGUAGUGACGAUUACAGUGAUUCGUUCGAUGAUGAUGACGAUGAUGAUAAUAAUACUAGUUCUCUUACUCGAUUUCCUAGUCGAUAUUCACCUUCAAAGAUGAAUUCUACCGAUGAGUUUAUAUCCAAAAUAUUGUCCAUACUUUGGAACGCUUCAGAUGAUAUUGAUGUGACACAACUCAUUGAUGAUUCUGAUGAUGAAAAUUCUACUAAUGAUGACCGGCAGAUGACCGAUACAAUCAGCAUAGAAAAAUCUGAACAUGAAGCUGAUUGUAGUCGUCCAACGACUGAAGAUGAUCUCAAUGAUAUUCGUCAAAAAGUCGUAGAAUAUGACCGACAACAACUUAAAGGUGUACAAUUUGCGAAUGCAGGUCAUACUAAUUUGAAAGUUGUCAACAGUUAUCCAAUAACUUCGCAUACAUGCUCGCUUUUUUAA